AAAAGAAGGAUAAAGGGUCUCUAUAUAAAGACAGUCCAUUGUAAGUUUACAAGCAUUGAAGAACUAACACAAGACAAAUUCUCAUCUCUUGUAUUCAAAAUGGCUUCCACUGCUAAAACUUUCUCCCUCAUUUUCCUUCUUGCUCUUUUCUCCUCACUCCAAGUUCAUGCAAGGGAUGGCCAAUUUUUCAACAAAGUCCCUAGCAACAAUGGUGAAAAAGAGACACAAACAGUCAUUCCUAACAAAGAGCAAGAGCCAAAUUUCACGCCUGAAAAUGAAAAUGGUGCUUAUGGCCUUUAUGGUCAUGACUCUGUUUCCACCCCUUCUACUACCACUAACACCAAUAAUCCUAAUGUCAACAACAAUUUUCCCAAUAGCAAGUACCUUCCCAAAAAUUACAACCCUGUUUCUUAUGUGACUGUUGCUGAGGACAACACCAACGAAAACAAUUUCAACAACAACAACAACAACAAUGAGUUCUCAACCAAGCACACUAUUGACACCUCCGCCACCACCUUGAAUAAUAACCAAUUCUACAGUGGUCCCACCAAUUACCGCAGCAGCAACAAUAACAACGACCAACAGCAACAGUACUACCACGGCGUCAGUGAUUUUAGUACUAAAAGCCACCACAACAACAACCAGCAGCAACAGUUCUACAGCGGUGACAGUUUUUACAGCAACAACCAACAGUACAACAACAACAAUAACAACAACAAUGACGAUAGUGAGAAGGAGGAGUACUAUAACGCUGCUAACACUUACUACAACAACAAUAAUGAGCAGCAACAGGGGUUGAGUUCAAGAUUGAGUGCCAAAAGCUACAGCACCAACCCAACAAAUUACGGAAACAAUUUCAACAACAAUAACUAUCAGGAACAAAGCUACUCCACAAAUUACGGAAACAACAAUAAUCAAGAACAGAGUUACAACACUGGGAAUGCUAAUUACAGAGUGCACCAACAACAGGGGAUGAGUGACACAAGGUUCUUGGGAAAUGGGAAAUUCUACUAUGAUAUCAAUGCUGGGAGACAUGCCAGGGAUCCAUAUGAAAAUGCAAAGGAAUUUGCUGCAAUGAACCAACAGUAUAACAACAGGAACACCUAUGGGAACAAUGAGUACAACAACAAUAACUUUGAGAAUGAAGAGCAGUUCCAAGAUGAAGAGAACAUGAAUUGAUUGAAAACAAAAAAGUUGUAACCAUAGUGAGCCAAAAGAAAUGUUAUGUGUCCCAAUUAUCAUUGAUGUUGUUUUCCUUCCUUUUUUUUUGUCUAAGUUAUAUUUUAUUAGAAAAAAAUGUUAAUUAAACUACAGAUUUUAUUUUUGGGUGUUUUA